AUGGCCGAAUUGAUAAGAUGUCAUCCAUACAGUGGUCUAUUCGAGAUACAUAUCACUGUGAAGAAUGAUGAGCAUGCACCAUCACUGGACACAUUCCGUCAGGUGUGUUCUACAACUGGUUGCAAGCCAGUACUAAUUGAACUACCCAAAGGACAACAUCCAACACAAAUGAUGACAUCAUCAUAUCAUAGAGGAACAUUGAUUGAGAUACAAUCAUUGGCAUAUGAGUUGGCCAACAAGUUCAUUUGUAAUAACUUUACCAUCACAAGGAUCAAGAUUGAGAUUAUGUUCUCAUGUGUUGGCGUGCCUUUGACUGACUUGGAUGCUCAACAGGUCAGCCCAGAGAACUACUUUGAGUUCCAUAUCAAACUUAACCUGCCUGCCAAUCAGGACUAUGUCCUGUUACAUCAACUGAUUGAUAAACAUCAGGCACAUCUAUCAAAGAAUGCAUUCAAGGCCAACAAUGACACUGGCGAACAACAGAGAUUCGUCACGAUGAGAAUGUAUCACAUUGGCAAGGACAAGGCAGAGGCAAGGUAUCUAGCCUGUCUCCAAGACCUUGAAGAUAACAACUUCAAAGUGGACUCCAAGAUGCGCGAGUACUCAAUCUAUGACAGCAAUGUACAUUUGGAUGCGGGAUGGAUUGAGAAGAGUACCAGCCAACAUCAACAACCUCGAGGCUAA